UAAGAAAAGGUUAGCUUUUAAAUCAAAAAAAAAAUAUUAACAUGUUCCGUGCAGUUCAAAGAAGCUUCUCUACUAAGCUGUCAAAUUUCAAGGUAUAUCCAUCAGAAACACCGGUAAGAUGUAGAGCACUAGUCGAAUCAAUUGCAGAAUCAAAGGAUCAGCAAUCGUUUAUUGCUUGGCAUCCAAAAAAAGAAAUUCCAUAUGAAUGUACAAAAGCUCUACCAACUUUUGAGAUGGAAUUAAGCAGUUCUUUAGUCAAGGAUGAGAUAUUGGAUCAUGCGAUGAAGGCUCAUAAACAUUCAUAUCCAGAUUUAGUCCGAGAGAAUUUGAGUAAAAUGACAUUUACUACUAAGCACCGAUGGUUUCCAAGAUCAAGAGAUAAGAAAGCUAAGAAGACAAUAAUGGAUAGACCUUAUUUGUAAAAUAAUUACGUUUAUUUGUAAUAGAAUGUUUGUAAUAAACUUAGAUUACAGAAUUU